AUGUCUUCGAUUUCACAACGUCUUGUUUUAACAACAGCCAUGGUUCUUUCGACCACCGUUCUUUACCUUACUUUCUGUAAGCAAAAACCAUCAUUUCAAAUUCAUGAAAAUUCAAACUCUAAGGAUAAACUGAUUCUACGAUCUUGCUUAUGCACAGAGGAAAAGAAGAGGGAAAAAAGAAGGAAGAAGAAAAAGGUUAAAUUUUCGGAAAAUGUGAUGGUGAAGGAAGAAGAAAGUGAAAGUAAUGAGGAAAUUAUAGAAAAACAGGGGAAGAAGAAAAACAGAGUAUCGACAAAUAAAUGCAGAAAUGAAAUUCGUGAAGAACGUGGAAUGCCAGCGAAUAGAAUUGCUUUGUAUAAUGGAAUAUUAAGAGAUCGUGUUCAUAGAAUGGGGUCUUGUCACUGA